AUUGUGGGUAUCUUGAGUUCCCUUCUGUGUUAACAGUCAGCUGUUGCGGAGAAGUUUUUGACAGAUUUUCAGAAGUGCUUAAGAGAAGUCUUAUUUUUAGUAUCCGACUGGAGCCAGGGUUCCUGCGUCGACAAUAAGCGUGUUGCCGAAAAUUUCCGCCUGUUAAGGAAAACUUUUCGGUCUAUCCUGUAAGAAUGAGCCUGAACGAGCACUCCAUGCAGGCGCUGUCCUGGAGAAAGUUGUACUUGAGCCGAGCAAAGCUCAAAGCCACCAGCCGCACUUCGGCUCUCCUGUCGGGUUUCGCAAUGGUUGCCAUGGUGGAGGUACAGCUGGAGCGGGAUUAUGACUAUCCUCCUGGACUGCUCAUUGCCUUCAGCGCCUGCACCACGGUUCUAGUUGCCGUGCAUUUGUUUGCCCUCAUGAUCAGCACCUGCAUCCUCCCGAAUCUGGAGGCUGUCAGCAACGUUCACAACCUCAACUCAGUGAACGAGUCUCCCCAUGAGCGCAUGCAUCGCCACAUAGAGCUGGCCUGGGCCUUUUCCACGGUCAUCGGCACCCUCCUCUUUCUCACUGAGGUCAUGCUCCUGUGCUGGGUGAAGUUCCUGCCACUCAAAAGUACCACAGCGAAAAACAACGGCACCAUCAGCUCCGGCGAGGCAGCGGCCAUCGCGUCCACCUGCAUAAUGGUGCCGUUCGGACUGGUUUUCAUCAUCUUUGCCGUCCACUUCUACCGCACACUUGUCAGCCACAAAACGGACCGGCAGAUCCGAGAGCUGGACCAGGUUAUUCAGCUCCAGAAACUGCUGAAUCACAGGCCUGAGAAUGACGAGCUGAAGGCAGCUGGACAUUUCCCCUAACCUUAACCCAUUUAGCAUCGGUUUCAUGUGGAAUUCCCUUAUAAAAGCUUUAUUUUUAUGUUUGUAGACUGUGUUCUAAUGAGUUUAAAAGUAUGAGUACCAUGUGCUGAGCAAUGCAUGUCACAGCCCUUUGCUUUAUAUUGCAUGCUUAAAGAAUUUGCUUUACUUUUAUAUUGCAGGGAAUUAAUUUGUUUUUAGUUGCCAACACCCUUACAAGAUAAAACUGCGUAAUCUGUGAGUAAGAGGGUGGGCAUGAGGAUUAUGGCGUAGAGCGUGACCUUUUUUGAAAAGAUUCAAAAAAUGCCAGUUCUGAGAUGAAAACUAGGAUAAGGCGCAUCAAUAUUUCACUCAAAUUCAGUACGUCAGGCUGGUUGCAGACUUCAGUACCCAAUUUAUACCUCUGUUAAAGCACCAAGUGCUGUUUUCUUCUUAGAUAUGCCGAUAUUGCAGCAUUCACUUGUAGCAUGUAUCUUUUCCCCCAAGCAUAUUUCAACAUGACUUAGUUUCUGAAUGCUUUAUUAUCAGAUUUGUUUCAGCAAGACAAAAAGUUAUCAGGAUUAUUCUCUGGAAUUUACAUUUAGCUUUUUUCAUAGUAUAGUAUCCUGAAAUUACCAAAGAUCCUAUUUGAGGAAAGACAUUCAACAGUAUACUAAAAAAGUACAUAGAAAGGUUCUUCAGUAUUUCUAGUUCAAGGCAGCGUUAAAUAGAGAUGCCUUCUCUGGACCAUACUGAUUUCCGAUAAUGUUCAAAAAGAGUGCAUCAAAGUAAGAAACCCUUGACCUGCCAAUCAACAAUCAUUCGAUCAAGGUCAAAUCAGCUAAUUCUGACCUAUUGAUUGAUGCAUCUCUAAUACUAAACUUUAAAUAAGUUUAAUAUCACUAACUGUUAAACAUAGAGGGAAAUAAAUACGUUAUUGUGGAAAAAAGUGUUUUUUUCUCAGGAGUAUUUAAUUAAGAAUUAGGUAUAAACGUAUCAAACCUCAUUUUUCUUCAUUUUCUCAGUUCCAUACUGUUUUUUUAAUCAAAUACUGUAAAUCCAGAGCUGGUGACUGGCUUUGGAAAAAGCAUUUUUGAACUACGUUUGCAUAGCAUUACAUUUUUAAAAGUGUUCUGUGCAAGUUUGACUGUUUUGCACAUUUAAUGUAGUAGAUUACAAGCUGAAGUAUUGUUUCACAUUAUGUUGCAGAUAGCUUUUUUGUUUAGAAUGUAGUUUGUGCUAUUCAUGUCCCACGGCACAUCGACGAGUCCUUCAACUUGGCUGAGACCAUUGUUGUCUCUCUGUAACAAAGCUGCAUGAGAUAUUAUCAUUACAAAGAGUUACUGUUGCACUUUUAAUAGUUUCUUGGAAUGUUGUCACACUUUUCUGUUGAUUUCAAAGUUAUGCUGUAAUUUGAAUAUUAUAGUAUCAGUUAUGUAUGCAUUGCUGACAGCCUGCCUAUAGUUUGUACAGAGCUAGGCGAUUGUCUUGCUGGUCAUUAUGGUGUCAAAUAUUCCUGAUCAGAUUUAAUUAUCACUUUGUCAUUUAGUCAAACAGCAGCAACUGCCUGGAAAAGACCAGUCUUACCAAUUGUCUGGUUGCAAGGUAAUUACUUCUGAGCUCAUAAAAAGUGAUCAAAUCAGAAGGCAUUGUUCCAUUAUACAUUUUUUUUAGAAAAACAACAAUGCAAGCUUUAGGAUCUGUUACUUUGAUAAAGUUUUGUGCUUAUUUAUUAAAUUGAGUUACUACCACUGUAUGUUUGAAAGUACAGCUUAAGGAUACAGUUCAAUAAAUGCAGCAUUUCCA